CCAUACAGCCACUACUAAAACUUUCUACACACUUCAGUUCCGCCAUUUCGUUUUUGUUCAAAAAGCAUUUUCUUCUUGUUUCUAAUAGCUGCGCAGAGAUCGAACUUGAAGUGGAAAAGCAAGAGUAGAAUCUGUAGAAAUGGCGUUAGCGUUCGAUGAAUACGGGAGGCCAUUUAUAAUACUCAAAGAACAAGAGGCAAAGAGUCGAUUGAGGGGUCUUGAUGCUCAAAAAGCUAACAUUUCUGCUGGUAAAGCCGUUGCUCGUAUUCUCCGUACAUCUCUCGGCCCUAAAGGCAUGGACAAAAUGCUUCAAAGCCCUGACGGUGACGUCACUAUAACAAAUGAUGGAGCUACAAUAUUGGAGCAGAUGGAUGUGGACAAUCAGAUUGCGAAGCUAAUGGUUGAGCUUUCACGGAGUCAGGAUUAUGAAAUUGGUGAUGGAACAACUGGUGUUGUCGUAAUGGCUGGAUCACUUUUGGAGCAGGCUGAGAAGUUAUUAGAACGUGGAAUUCACCCUAUUCGUGUGGCUGAGGGUUAUGAGAUGGCUUCUAAAAUAGCUGUGGAGCACUUGGAGCAUAUAUCCGAGAAGUUUGACUUUGGGCUGAAUGAUAUAGAGCCUUUGGUUCAAACUUGCAUGACCACUCUGUCAUCGAAGAUUGUGAAUCGAUGCAAGCGCAGUUUGGCUGAGAUUUCUGUUAAAGCAGUUCUUGCUGUUGCAGAUUUAGAGAGGAAGGAUGUUAAUUUGGACUUGAUAAAAGUUGAGGGAAAAGUAGGAGGCAAGUUGGAAGAUACUGAACUGAUAUAUGGAAUAGUAGUUGAUAAGGAUAUGAGCCAUCCGCAGAUGCCAAAACAUAUUGAAGAUGCUAAAAUUGCUAUCUUGACUUGCCCCUUUGAACCACCAAAGCCAAAGACUAAACAUAAGGUGGAUAUUGAUAGCGUCGAAAAGUUUCAGACUCUACGUAAGCAAGAGCAGCAGUAUUUUGAUGACAUGGUUCAGAAAUGCAAGGAUGCUGGUGCUACCUUGGUCAUCUGUCAGUGGGGGUUCGAUGAUGAGGCAAAUCAUUUGUUGAUGCACAGGAAUCUGCCUGCAGUUAGAUGGGUUGGUGGUGUAGAGUUAGAGCUGAUUGCAAUAGCCACAGGUGGAAGAAUAGUACCGCGAUUCCAGGAGUUGACGCCUGAAAAGCUCGGAAAGGCUGGUAUGGUUCGAGAAAAGUCUUUUGGGACAACAAAAGAUAGAAUGCUGUACAUUGAACACUGUGCAAAUUCAAGGGCUGUUACCAUAUUUAUUCGUGGAGGUAAUAAAAUGAUGAUAGAAGAGACAAAGCGUAGCAUCCAUGAUUCGCUCUGUGUGGCCAGGAAUCUCAUUCGCAACAAUUCUAUAGUAUAUGGUGGUGGCUCAGCUGAGAUUUCUUGCUCAAUUGCCGUGGAGGCUGCUGCUGAUAAAUAUCCUGGAGUUGAACAGUAUGCCAUAAGGGCAUUUGCUGAUUCUUUAGAUGCCAUUCCGAUGGCGCUUGCAGAAAAUAGUGGGCUCCAACCCAUUGAGACACUAUCUGCUGUUAAAUCUCAACAAAUUAAGGAGAACAAUCCACACUGUGGAAUAGAUUGUAAUGAUGCUGGUACAAAUGACAUGCGCGAACAAUAUGUCUUCGAGACUCUGAUAGGGAAGCAACAACAGAUCUUGCUCGCAACACAAGUUGUCAAAAUGAUACUAAAAAUUGACGAUGUCAUCUCUCCUUCUGAGUAUUGAUGUGUGGUGUUUGUUCUAUUGCUGCUUAACCAACAACGAAACUUUGAAAUACAUUGUUGGGCCAAUUUGGCAUGACGAGGCCGUUUGUUUCGUGAUAGCUUGUUUAGCUUACAAAUUUUGGAUUGGCGUUCAUUGGAUAUGGGAGUAAUGAAAACACAUACUAUAUGCUGAUUUGUGUGUUA